AUGGCUUACUCUUUCACGGAGGAGGAAAAGAGAUUCAUCCUCGCCGAAGCCAUCAAGACCAGCAACCUGGAUGUUGGCCUUCUAGCAGGGUUUCUCAAAACACACAAGGUCGAACCGGAUUGGCUUAAGAUGCAGUUACCUAGUGGCCGCACCAUGGAACAGUGCUUGGCCGUCACGGGGCAAAUACUCCAGGGGCCCAUGAGGAUACCAGACCUGAAGCGAAAAUCCAUGACCGAUCUCCUCGAACAGCCUUCAAAACGCUUAGCUGCAGGUCCCACGAUGGAACCGCCAACACAGUUACCGUCUUUGGCCUCUGCGACGCAAAAUCUGGCACCCACCGGCACCUCGGUCUCUGGUGGCAGAAAGCCCGACGACGCCGGCAGAAAGCCCCGCUUAUAG